AUGACGCUCUGCAUGGGCAGAAGGGUACCAACGCCCUCUCUGAGCCGAAACCAGAUCAGCUCUUUGGAAGAGACCAAGUCGGAAGAGCUCUCCAGUCGGAAGCAGGAGCAAGCCCAGAAGGUUCGGUGCAAGCAACCUUUGCAGCGUCGUGCUGGUCUGGAGAAUGUCGCUCCCUGCCAGGUCCUCUCCGGAAAAAAGACCUCGCCCUGCAAGAUGAUCUCUGCUUCACCGAACAAAGAGAAUGAAGAGGCAGUACCUACCUGCAUCGACAUGCAGAAUAUGUUCAGCAAGCGCAAGCUCUUUGAGAAAGAGGCCAUGCUUGGCCUAUCCGUCUUUGCCGUGGCGUUGGGAGCUUCCCAGAAGGCUUCGGUAACCUCACGGCGUGCAUCCCGCCGUGAGCUGUUCUGGACACCCUUGACACUCUUGCCAGUGGCUGCAAGAGCUGAAGAGGGUUUAACAAAAAUUGGCAAUGAUCAGUUCAGCAUCGAGCUUCCGAAGGGCUUCUCGUGGAACGAGAAGUUUAUCCUUGCGAAGACUCACACCUUUGAGCGCAGCGUGACUGCUUCGGACCCCUAUAGCAAGUGGAAGGUGGGCAUUACCAUUGAUGAGGUCUUUGCCAACAGUUUGUCUGAUGUUGGCUCGGCUGAUGUGGUGGCUGAUCGUAUCGCUUCAAUUGAGAAGCAGAAGGAUGGGAACUUCACCACAGACGUGCUGUCGGCGAAGGACGUGAAUGCUGGCGAUAUCCAAACCUAUGUGAUCGAGUACCGCUGCGAUACGUCCAGAGGCUACAAUCACUUCCUGGUGCGUGUCGCUCUUCAAAAAGGUCGGCUCUAUACAGUGACGUCUCAGGCAGGCACACCAUGA